GCCGAUAAACAUCUUUAAGAUAGAACAAAUUAAAUAAUAGAAAAAAAUUGUCAUUCCAAGUGCAAUUCGUAAUAAUAUUAAUGUCUUUGUGAGUUGGAUAUUUCGGUUGCGCAUAUACAAUCACAUCGAUAAGGAGUUGCGGUUGCAGCUUGCUUCGUUUUCCCAAGUGACCAGUCGUCGGCAAAAUGGACAAAAAGAUCUCCUCUACAUCGCAGCCACGCAUUUUGAAGAAGAAGCAUUUCAGAGUAAAGCAUCAAAAAGUAAAGCUAUUCCGAGCUAAUGAGCCAAUUCUUAGCGUAUUUAUGUGGGGCAUUAACCACACCAUAAACGAAUUAAGUCAUGUCAACAUACCUGUAAUGUUGCUGCCAGAUGAUUUUCGGGCAUACUCCAAAAUUAAAGUCGAUAACCAUUUGUUUAACAAAGAGAAUAUGCCGUCGCAUUUCAAGGUAAAAGAAUACUGUCCCCUGGUGUUUCGUAAUUUACGUGAGCGAUUUGGCGUCGAUGAUGUUGACUACCGCGAAUCCUUGACCAGGUCGCAGCCGCUGGGCAUCGACUCAUCGGGCAAGUCGGGUGCACAAUUUUAUGAAAGCUACGAUAAAUUCUUUAUAAUUAAGAGUCUGACAUCCGAGGAAAUUGAACGCAUGCAUGCCUUUCUCAAGCAUUAUCAUCCAUACGUUGUUGAGCGCCAUGGAAAAACCCUGUUGCCGCAAUACUUGGGCAUGUACCGGAUUACCGUGGAGAGCGUGCAGUAUUAUUUUGUUGUAAUGCGAAAUGUUUUCAGCUCUCAAUUGACCAUACAUAAGAAAUUUGAUUUGAAAGGCAGCACUGUAGAUCGCGAGGCUUCAGAGAAAGAGCUUGAAAAACUUUUACCCACAUACAAGGACAAUGACUUUAUAAAGCAAAAGGUCAAAUUGGAAAUCGGAGAUGAACCCAAGAAAAAAUUACUCGAUACUCUAAACAAUGAUGUUGAUCUCCUAACCAAGUUGCAUAUAAUGGACUACUCUUUGCUGGUUGGCAUACACGACUGUGUGCGAGCUGAAGAGGAGGCUCUUCAAGGAGACAGCGCCCAAGCUACAGGACGCAGCGAAAACAGUGAGAGCGAAGAAUGCGAUAGUGGUGAACGCUGGACGUAUAACACACCACCAGAUUCCCCCAGAGGUGCACAAUAUAAGGAAGUUGUCUAUGAAGUCGACAUUUAUGCCAUUCCAAGUAUUGAAGAGAGACGAGAAAUCUACUUCAUAGCUAUUAUCGAUGUUUUGACUCAAUACGGCGUCAAAAAACAGGCAGCGAAAGCGGCAAAGACAGUUAAGUAUGGUAGUAAUGUUGAUGGAAUAUCAACUUGUGAUCCUGAACAAUAUGCCAAAAGAUUCCUGGAAUUUAUGGAUAAAGCUAUAGAAUAAGAUAUUUAAUUGUAUUUGUCAUAUUAAAAAUGAAUCAAGUAUACACAUCAAA